AAAGUCACUCGUCUUGAUUCAGCAUAGAAAAAAGAAGAUCAGUAGAACUGAGAUACCGGCAGAGGUUGGAUAAUCUGGAAGUCAACUAGAUUGGAUCUAACUACUCUCAUCACCGAUCAGACGAGAGGCACAGAGACCAAGCCAUAUAAUCGAUCAAGAAAUGAACUGAUCAUCACAUGUCUUGCUUGGGUCGUCUGCCGGAAAUCAGAAUAAUCAAUCCAUCGAUCUCGCUGCAUCCAUCUCUCGCUCUCUCUCUCUCUCUUCCUCUUCCUCUUUCAUCCACAGCAGUUCGUUCUUCCCCGGCGAAACAAGGCGGCGGCGUCGAGACGGACGGCAUUGCCCGGCGGCGGUGAGCUGCAGGCAGCAAGCAGCAGCAGGGAUUGCCAUCCGCCAUCGCGGCGGCGAAUAUAUGCGGCCUGAUCGGGAUACAGGCCACCGAUGAUCCCGGAAUCGGCCUUGGCCUCCAUGGCCUCCAGCCUCAGCAUGUUCGUGGCCAACCUGGUGCUGGCGGAGAUCAGCGAGCACCGGGCCGUGAAGGGCGACGUCAACAGGCUCAAGAAGAACUACGAGCGCGUGGCGCUGAUGAUGGCGUCGGCGGAGCGCAGGGUGGCGCUGGACGACCAGGCGGCCACGUACUGGCUGAAGCGGGUCACGGACCACAUGUACCAGGUCCAGAUCGUCGUGGACCAGUGGGUCAUCAAGAACGAGAAGAUGCACAGGGAGGUAUGCAUGCUCGCUGCUCUAAUGCUCUAUACACGACACGAUCUCGUGCCGUCUGUGGAUCUGAUUUCAUUCGUCCCCCAAACGAUCGCUUCGUCUUUUAGAAGGAUCAAGCUGGGUUUAAAAUUGGGCGCCGCCGGCCAAACUGCUUGCUUUAAUUUGCCUUCGCAGGGAUCUCUCAAACGGACGAUCAGCUGCGGCGACCAUUCCGGCGUCAUGAAACUCGCUGCCGCCAUGAAGGAGCUCAACGCUGAUUUCGACAGCAUACUGGAGCUUUCAGCUGAGACCAAUAAGACGAGGCAGCCUGCAGCAGUUCGGUCGUACGGAAAGACGGCGCCCGGCUACAACGCCGACAUCGUCGGCGACUACGUCGACAGCGACGCUCGCGGUAUAAUCGAGCUGUUGCAUAGCUCCAAGAGAAGAUCCUGCCGUCUCAUCGCCAUCGUUGGGCCGGUUGGGAUCGGCAAGACGACCCUCGCUCGCAGGAUAUAUCACAGUGUCGACGCCCAGCGCUUCGAGACGAAGCUAUGGAUACGCUUCUCCAACGAUCUGAGCUCACUGAUAAUCUGGCCGGAGCCGGGCUGGUCGUCAGAUCGCUACAAGGAAGGGCCAACCAAAAGCCACUGGCCGGACUCAGACAGCCGGUCGUCAGAUCGCCGCAAGGAAGGGCCAACCAGAAGCCACUGGCCGGACUCAGAGUGCUGGUCGUCAGAUCGCCGCUGGGAAGGGCCAACCAAAAGCCAGCUGAUGCACCUGGGGGCUGAGAUAGCGAGCAAGAGGUUCCUGCUGGUGGUCGAUUCGGUCUGGACGGAGGACGUCUGGGAGGCGUUGCUGGAGGGCCCUCUGCAGCAGGGCGACCUGGAAGGCAGUAGAGUGAUAGUGACCACCAGGAACAAGCACGUCGCGAGACGGAUCGGGGCUGGGCUCAUCCACCACGUCAGACGGAUGAGCAACGCCGACGCUCUGCGCCUGCUAUUCCGGAGAGCGUCGGUCAGCGAGAGCGACGAGGCGGAGCUGCAGGACGUCGGGCGGCGGAUCGUGGAGAAGUGCGACGGCCUGCCGCUCGCCGUCCGGAGCGUCGGGCGCACCCUGAGGGGGCAGGAGCCGACGCGGCACGACUGGGAGACCGCCUGCCGGGCGGCGUUCCAGGACCUCUCGCCCGAGGAGCAGUACACGAUCGGCCUGAGCUUCCGGAACCUGCCGCCGCACAUGCGGCAGUGCUUCCUCUACUGCUCCGUCUUCCCCGAGGGCUUCUUCAUCGAGAAGCAGUACGUCGAGCAGCAGUGGAUAUCCGAGGGCUUCAUCCUUAAUAAGAGGAGAGUCACCAUGGAAGAGGCCGCGGAGCGUUGCUUCGAUGAGCUGGUCGGAAGAGGCCUGCUCCGUCUCGCGGUCGGGAGCGAUGGAGCCACGGGAGCCAGGAUGCCCAUCGUGAUCCGCUCCUUCGCGAAGGACGUGUCUGACCAUGUGAACUUCUGCACUGAGUCGGUGUCUGCAGCCAAUAAUCUUUUCGAGGUGCGGCGGCUGUCCAUCGUUGAGAACAACGAGGCUGACGAUCGCAUUGGUGAUGGUGAUGACAGUGGGAAUGGUGAGAUCGCAGGAGGAGGGGAUGGCAAUGGCAGCAUGGAGGACGAGCAUGGAAACAGGGGUGAAGCAAGAAUAGCCGGCGAAGACGUACCGCUGCACGGACUAGGGAGGAUGAAGUGCCUGAGGACGCUAGUGCUUCGCAAGAGCACAGUUUCACAGAAAAGCAUCCGUGCGGUCAGGCAGCUAAAUCUUCUGAGAGUGCUCGACCUGCGAGGAGUGCAAGGCAUCAGUGCUCUACCCAUCGCUGUAGGGAGCCUGGAGCAUCUCCGGUACCUGAACAUCUCUGAAACGGAGAUCGAAAGAGUCCCCGGGAGCAUAUCGUACCUCACGAUGCUCCAGUACUUGCUGCUCAGGAACUGCUCCAAAGUGAAAACGCUUCCGACGGGCAUCCAGCAGCUAAGGUACCUGAGGUGCCUCGACAUCGCGGGCACUGGCAUCAAAGCUGUAGACUGGAGCUUUUCCGCCAUGGAAGAGCUCGUCUCUAUGCAGGGCUUCCCUGUGACGAGGGGAGACGGCGUCGUCGGUUCGCUGCGGGCACUGAAUCUUAAAUUCCCCAAGAAACUCGCUGCUCUCCGUCUCGACAUGCUCCAGGAAAUCCUGGAGCCUCUGCCACGAGACCGGUGGCCGGUUAGAGAGUACCAGCAGCUCAGGGAUCUUGAGCUCUGCUACGCCAAUGCUGACUCGCCAUUGGUGCAAGGAGGCACGAUAGAGAACAGGAUGCUAGUGCUUGACAGGUUCGUCCCUGAGAAGCGCCUUGUGCGUCUCAAGAUCGAGAACUACCUCGGGAAGCAAUACCCUUCAUGGAUAGCGGCGGCGACGCUCCCGAACCUGCAGCGGCUCCACCUCCAGAGCUGCGCGUGGUGCGAGGAGCUGCCUCCGCUGGGGGAGCUGCCGCAGCUCAAGCUCCUGGCCGUGACGGGCUUCGACAGCCUGCGCUCGCUUGGGGCGGAGUUCAGGGGGGGCAACGGUCCGCCGGUCAGGACGACAGCGUUCCGCCGCCUCCAGCAGCUUUUCAUCGGUGACAUGAAGGCGCUGCACACGUGGUCCGGCCUGCAGAGCCAGGACCUGCCGCAGCUCCAGGUGCUCAGGCUGCUGGGGUGCAUAAACCUGGUGGCCAUUCCUCUCGUCCUCCAGGAGUCGGCGACGCUGACGAGGCUUGAGGUCGACACCAGGACUAAGACCGUGAUCGAGGACAAGCUCCGAGGCUUCACCGGAGGCAUAGUAGUCAACGUGGACAACACAUGGGAACAAGAACCACCGCAGCACGAAGCAGAUGUGGCUCCACAAGACGCGCAGCCUCCUGGCCCUGGGCAAGACGAAGCUGUUGAAGCGGAAGUUGAGGAGACUGUCGGGGCACUACAGAAAGAGGUGCCCAAAGCAUUCGAGCUUGGCGCAGUUAAGCUUGUCCUUACUAUCUUUGCUAUCACUGCAAUUUGCUCCGUUUUGUAUCUACUCUUUGUGCCAAGAUGCUGAUUAUUAUGCUUUGCAUUAGCAAACCUUAGCUAGAUUUGCCUUGAUCCUAUGUGACGGAAACAAAAAGAAAGAAAGAGAAAGAGAUCAUAGCCCUCUCGCUACUGUAGAAAAUAGGAUCGUAAGAAAAAAAAGGUAUGAAUAAUGUCAAAGGAGGAAGUGAAGAGAUCGAGGUGGAUCUUUUCUAUUUUUCAUUCUUCUCCAUUUAAUAUUUUUUAAUAAAGUUGUGAAAUGAAUGCAUUUUUAUGUUAAA